AUGGGCGGCUUUCCGGCGCUGCUCGCGCUCGCCCUCAUUCUCGCGAGUGACGUCAUCCGCGGGGCGUGCGGCCAAAGCCUCACGGAGGUGCCGGCGACGCUGCUGGUGGCGACGCGGAUCUCGCUGGGCAGCACUUUUACUUUCAACUUCACGGUGGCGCGCUGCACCAACCUGCCGCGCACCAACCUCAGCGCCGUCGUGCAGUGGACCACCGCUCCCGGGGUGCUCUCGUGCAAGAACAUCACCCUCUGGAACGGCCCUUCGUGCACUGGAGAGUCCUUCCAAAGGAUGACCCCCGACACCACCAAAUACAAUCUCACCUAUGGCUUCUCAGUGUCGGCUCGCUGCAACAUCGACAACAUGUGCCAGUACGCCAAGUGCCCUGCGGGCUCCACCUGCAAGACAACCACGGACACCAGAGGCGUCACCUGCGCGUGCAAUCAGGGCCUCUAUGCCUCCAAGGGUGCUUGCCAAGCCGGAGUGCCGCCGCCAGCCAGCAGUGCUGUGGACGCCAGUGCGGGGUGGCCCACGGAGGUGACCGCCAGGAUAGUGGUGGCCACGCCGGUGAAAGUAGGCCGCUACAGCGUCUCCUUCGACCCCUACUUGCGCUGUGCAACCGUGCCCGACGGCACGUCGCCGGCUGGCGUGAGCACGCCUGUGAGCGUGCAGUGGGGGAGCAGCAGCAACAGCAGCUCGCAGGGGGGUGUGGCGAGUGCGCCGUGCGUGCAAGUGGCGUUCUUUCGGGGCAGCAGCUGCGACGACAGGACUCCGCUCGACACCAUGGCUUCGAGCUCCAUCCAGACGUCCAUCACUCCAAUCAGUCCGCUUGCGGCUGUGGCCUGCAGAAUCUCCAUGCCGUGCAGAUUCACCACGUGCCCGCCCAACUCUGUGUGCCUGGACGCCAAGAACAUCAGGGCUGCCACCUGCAAGUGCGAGGACGGCUAUGUUGCCAUCAACGACACCUGCCAAGACAAGUGCAUGCUGAGCUGUAUGGCCAACAACGCCUAUUGCGUCAGGGACGCAGUCGGAACCCCACAAUGCUUUUGCAACAAGGGGUAUGACAUGAGCGCUGACAACACUACAUGUGCUGUUGAUAAAUGUUAUUCUGUGAACUGUGGCCCCAACGGCAAGUGCAUCAAAAAAGCGAAUGGAGAUGCUACCUGUGCUUGCAACACUGGCUUCCAGAUGCCUCCCAACAAUCUCACUUGCGUUGACAAGUGUCGGCUCGUGACUUGCACGGCCAAAUCAACCUGCGUCAAGGAUGCGAAUGGGGAUACAAGUUGCGAGUGCAUCACUGGCUUCGAGAGGCUUCCGGGCAACGACACUUGCGUUGACAAGUGUGCUUCUGUGGAUUGUGGGACCGGCGGCAAGUGCAAGACGGAUGCGUAUGGAAAUCCGGAAUGUACUUGCAUCACCGGCUUCACGAAGAAUUAUGACGAUUGCAUCGACAACUGUGAUUGGUUUGGUUAUGACUGUUGGUCCGGCUCGUGCAAGAAGGAUACGAACGGAAGUCCGUAUUGUGACUGCGGCAAAGGCUACAGACAGACUGCUGACGGGCGCUCUUGCAUUGACAUUUGUGAAUUAGUGGAUUGUGGCGAAGGCACGUGCGUGAAGAGAUAUGAUGAGGAGGGAUUCGGACAUGCCGAAUGCGAUUGCCCCGCGGGCUACCAAGUGGCUGGGAGUGGACGCUGCACUGACAUAUGCAAUGUGGUAUGUCCGGCCAGCCAAACGUGCAGGAGGAACGGGGACUACAUCACGUAUUGUACCCAAUGGGACUAUUGUGAUAGGGAUUAUUGUGGGUAUGGCGGCACGUGCAGGAUCGAUAAAGUUAAGGAUGCUGAGUACUGUCUCUGUGACCCCGGCUACAAGUUGUCUGCCGACCAGCUCUCUUGCAUUG